AUGGAUCCCAUUCGUCGCCCAGAAAUAAAUAUCGUACUUAGUCGGUUAAAGACAAUAAAUUUGACACUAGUUCUAGAAGAAUUGCCGUCAGCCAGUCCUGGAUUAAUAAUACUACGUGAAUCGUAUCCAUCAGAUAGUUCUAUUCUUGAUUCCAACAGUUUUUCAUCUGCUAGUCCUGGAUCAAUAGUACAACGUGAAUCUUAUCCAUCAGAUAGAUCUUCUAACAGUUUCUCACCUCAUGAACUAGACAGGGAUUUUCUUAGAAUUUCUACCUUGCACAAAUCACGUGGAGAUGAUUCAAAAAUUUAUUCGAUCCCUAUCUUUUUCGUCAUGUGA